CCUGUGUGGAGCAGGCACUGACGGGGCAAACGGGAUGUACCUGGGCAAGCACGGGUGGCGCGUGAUGGACCUGGGCCUCCAUUGGCUGCACCACGCCCAGCAGCAGAAAGGGCCUCAGGAGCCCUGGUGCCGUCACGUGGGUCACAGGGCUCCAUGCGGUGCGGGGAGCAGGCAGUCACAAGGGACUCGCUGGUACCUGCCUUGAGGCCUGGGGCUGUGGCCGCCUCUGUGCAGAGGUCUCCCCAGCACCAGGCUCUGCGGGGCAGGGAAGCCCAGCGGGACCUCAGCCGCAGGGAGGCUGAGACCUGGUCAGGGCAGGGUCCACAGGGAGACCUGGCAAGGCCGGCAGCCUUUGUAGUGCACGCAGCAUCUCUGCAGGGGGGGCAAGAGCUGCCCCCUCCCCUCCCAGGGGGCAGGUGGGGGCUCUGGGUCUUUCCCACCCUCCUCCCGUCACGUCACGGGACGAAGGGCUGGCGGGCAUGUGACUGAAACUGGCCAGACAGCACUAUGGCGGUUUUUAUUCGGAAGGGAAGUUUAGGCUCUUGGGCAGAGCUGAGAUGGGAACAGGAAACCCACAGGGCCCCUUUAUUCGGCAAAAAUGUCAGUCAGCACCUCGGGGUCCCUGCGUGCGCGGCAAUGGCACCGAGCUCCUCUGCUGGAGGUCGUCCCACGGGCCGGGUUCCUGGACUGCUGGCCUGAGCCGAGGCACAUGGCGCCUCCUUCCUGGAGACCAGCCCCCAAAGCCGAUCUCUUAAGGCUGGUAUUGUAUGUCACCUUCCUGGGAGCCCCCUGCUGCGCCCCAGCUCUGCCCUCCUGCAAAGAGGACGAGUACCCGGUGGGCACCGAGUGCUGCCCCAAGUGCAGCCCAGGUUACCGCGUGAAGCAGGUCUGCGGGGAGCUGACGGGCACAGUGUGUGAACCCUGCCCUCCAGGGACCUACAUUGCCCACCUCAAUGGCCUGAGCAAGUGCCUGAAGUGCCAAAUGUGUGACCCAGCCAUGGGCCUGCUCGCCACCCGGAACUGCUCCAGGACAGAGAACACCCUGUGCAGCUGCGGCCCAGGCCACUUCUGCGUCCUCCGGGAUGGGGACCACUGCGCUGCGUGCCAGGCCCACGCCACCUCCAGCCCGGGCCAGAGGGUGCAGGAGGGAGGCACCAAGGGUCAGGACACCCUGUGUCAGAACUGCCCCCCAGGGACCUUCUCUCCCAAUGGGACCCUGGAGGGAUGUCAGCACCGGACCAAGUGCAGCAGCUGGCUGGAGACCGAGGCGGGACCUGGGACCAGCAGCUCCCCCGGGGCGUGGCUUGCCACUGUCAUCCUCAUCCUCAUCGUCAUCGUUGUCCUCACACUGGGCCUAAUCAUAUGGAGGAAAAGAAGAAGGAAGCGAAGGGGGUCCUGUGCCCCUGCCUGCUCCCAGGGCUGCAGGAAGAAGGGCAGGCUGAGCUUGGCUGGGACAGGCUGUGGGCUGAGGAUCAACAGACAAGGCCGUGUCCUCAUUGAGGAGAGCAACUUCCGGCUGAAUGCCUCCCUCCAGGAGGCAGGUGAGGAACGGUCAGUCGCCGAGGCCCUGCAGACUCCUCCACACGUCACCACGGUGGCCGAGGAGGAGACAACACCCACAUCCACGGGGGAGAGCCCAAACCACUGACCAAAAGACUGCACGCCUGAUGCCAGAGAGACCUGGAGCGGCAGCUGCUGAGAGGCCGUGCCCGGCAGGACUGCAGGCACCAGAGGAGCUCGGGGCUCUGCCUGGCUGAUUCCCGCCUCCUCCGCGGAGGGAGAGGUGGGCCCCUGCUGGGGUGGGGGUGCCACGUGCCCUCCCCAUGACCCAGUGAGCGCCUGGACCCUCCAUUCUGCUGCUGCCUGAGCUCCCCGGAGCCCUGAGGAACAGUCCUUGUUCUCGGCCCACAUGCCCAGCCCUCCUGGCCGGCCCAGAGGGUGCUCCAGACCCCAGCUGCCCGCCGGUGUGAACCCUUAGCAGGACAGGCCCUGGCACUGCCUCACAACCAAGGCUCAACUGGUUGGCCACGUGCGUGGCAUUAAGUGGCUAUCACAGUCGAAGCGAUUUUCUAAGCUUG